CACCUUCACGUUGCACAGUGUUGCACUUCGCUAGACGAUCUAAAAAGCGCGCAUUCGUUGUUUAUAUCGUAAAAUUAUUGGCUGAUCUGCAAGCUUCUAAAAUUUAGACUUCAAAAAUUGUAAAAUCACAUUAAUCAGAAUAUGGCUUCCCCUCCAUGUUCUCCGAAACGGGAACCAGAUACGGAAGCGUGCGAACCUGAAACCAAACGAAGCAAAAUCAACAGCUUGCAAACGCUCGGUCCUUACAUCAGCAGCCAGGAUAAUGGAAAGAACUUCACGUACAUCUCGGACAUUCCUCGCAUGUGCCUGGACGAGCCGUGCGUUCUAGGGGUGGAUGAAGCUGGCCGUGGACCAGUUCUAGGCCCCAUGGUGUACGGGAUCGCAUUUUGUCCCAUUAGUAAAAAAGAAGUUCUUAAGACGUUGGGCUUUGCGGACUCCAAACAAUUAACAGAAGAAAAGAGAGAUCUAAUUUUCGACGAAAUGAAUCAGAAAGACUAUGCUACCGAGUGCAUCGGCUGGGCCGUUGAGGUCAUCGCACCAAACGACAUCUGUAUGAGUAUGUUGCGCCGGACGAAACGAUCCUUGAACGAAGUAUCGAUGGACUCAGCGAUUGGAUUGAUACACAAAGCCAUAGAGGCGGGAGUAAAUAUUGCGGAGGUUUACGUGGAUACUGUAGGACCUCCGGAGAAGUACCAAGCCAAGCUGAAGCAAAUUUUCCCCAAGUUCAAAAUCACCGUUGCUAAGAAAGCCGAUAGCACAUAUCCGAUUGUUUCGGCUGCAAGUAUUUGUGCAAAGGUCAGCAGAGAUCACGCUCUGAAGGUAUGGACAUUCCGUGAAGGAUUGGAGCCGGAUAUCAGCUUUGGGAGCGGAUAUCCAAGCGAUCCAGUUACUAAAAACUUCCUAUCGACCUACGAUUUGGUAUUUGGCUUCCCGCGUCUGGUCCGAUUCAGUUGGUCAACGGCUGGGAAGGCGUUGGAGAAGAAGGCAUUCGAGAUGGAAUUCGAUGACGAGGAUGAUGAACAGGAAAAACAGAAAGCAACAUACGGAAGCGAAAAGCUUUCCAAGUAUUUUGCAGCUGAUCGAAACGAUUCACGGAAACGACACGAAUACUUCCGGGAGCGAUGUCUGGAGCACGUGACUGAUAUUUGAUACAAACCAUGAUGCUAAUAAAUUUUGAUCAUUUAAUUAUAA